UUGCUGCCGUCGGUGUCCUACCAGCAUCUGUUCUUCUUUUGGUAUUAAAAAUAGACCGGUGCUGAUAACAGACUUAUGUUUCGACUGCAUCAUUUGCCGUCGGGAAUCUUUUGUGCGCUACUUUCAUUUUAAUCACCGAGCCGUGACCGCGUGAGCGCAAAUGCGCAUCGGUCUGCGCAUCUUUGAAUCUUCAGAACCACACUGUGGACAAUCUCCCUGACAUCCAAAGACCUCUCCCCCGCAAUCCUACGAGGCUUCUUCGCCGUUUAUGGCCGCACAUCGGCAUCCCUGAGCCGCCGGCCUCAUCGCUGCUCUUAAAAGCUCUCAGAAUCAGGGAGACAUUUCUACACCAAAUUGAAACCGUCCUCGGCUGGCUAUUUUUAAAGAACCCGGUGCAAUGCUGGGCCCGUCUCUCUAGAUCUUGUGAUCACUAGCCUGCACGAUCUCUCCUCCCACAUUCGUCCGAUCAAGACCCCGGUACUCUGAUCGAGCCCCAACGAUGCAUCGUAACGCAGUGAUGCUGGCGGUGGUCCUUUUGGGGAACUUGAUGCUACCUUUCAUCUCUGCUCAAAACGCUGGGUUUGUCAAGUCUCCACUCUCAGAGACUAAGCUUACAGGAGACACCUUUGAGCUGUACUGCGAGGUGGUCGGUUACCCCACUCCAGAGAUCCAGUGGUGGUAUGCUGAGGUCAACCGAGCUGACUCCUUCAAGCAGCUGUGGGACGGAGCCCGCAAACGUCGGGUAUCUAUCAACACAGCCUACGGCACCAAUGGAGUCAGUGUGCUCGGUAUCACACGCCUCACACUGGAGGACUCUGGGACCUAUGAAUGUCGGGCAAGCAACGACCCCAGGCGCAAUGACCUCCGACAAAACCCAGCCAUCACUUGGAUCCGCGCCCAGGCCACCAUUUCGGUGCUACAGAAACCAAAGAUCAAUGCCUCUGAUCAGACCAUCUUAACAGCAGACACCUCUAGUAAACAAGUUAUCCUGCAGUGUAACCUCACCACUGCCCAUACACGCCACAAGGAAAGCUUCUGGAUGAAAAAUGGACAGGAUAUCCCCAACACACGGACGGAAAACAAGGACACAAUAUACAGAAUCAACAAGCCACGUGCUGACGAUUCUGGGGAAUACAUGUGUGUUUACACAUUUGACACGGCACCAAAUGCCAACGCUACGAUUGAAGUAAAAGCAAAACCGGAUAUCACUGGCCACAAGCGAAGUGAAAACAAAAAUGAGGGGGAGAAUGCAACGCUUUACUGCAGGUCUGUCGGUUACCCACAUCCCACCUGGACAUGGCGUAAGAUGGAUGGAAAAUCCCCAAUGGAGCUUGACAACUCGACUGGGCGAAUCUUCAUCACCAAUAGAGACAAUUACACAGAGCUCAACAUACUAAACCUGGAUAUUAACACGGAUCCUGGAAUAUAUGAAUGCAAUGCCACUAAUGCAAUUGGAAAUACUGCUCAGACUACAAUUCUUCGAGUCCGCAGCCAUCUUGCACCGCUUUGGCCUUUUCUGGGUGUUCUGGCAGAAAUUAUAAUCCUAGUAGUCAUCAUCGUUGUGUAUGAGAAACGCAAGAGGCCAGACGACAUCAUCGAUGAUGAUGAACCAGUUGGGCAAAUGAAAACAAAUUCAACAAACAACCACAAGGACAAAAACAUUCGCCAGAGGAAUACGAAAUAAGCAAUUUACUCAAAUGAGAUGGCUAAACUGCAUUUUUUUGACUACGUGAAGGUGUCAGAGGUGGAUGGAGCUCUGGGCAGUUUUGAAAAAAGCAUAUCUUGUCUCAUUUUAUGAGAAACAAUAUCAGCAUAACACUGGCAACAAAAAGAACAUAAUGGCUGUCUUAAGCAUGCCUUAUUCAGUCUUAAGUGGAGAUUUCAGGAUGAAGAAUAAUGACUAAAACCACCACAGAGGUGUACACAUUUUUAAUGUGCUGUUGAUGUCUCCUUUCUUGAUUUUAUCAUGUCCUCAAAUGAGGUGAUCCCUUUUGUAUUACAUAUCAUGUACAAUGCAUGCAAGAUAAUUACAACGCAAUAGGAUACUCAGAAUAGACAUUUUCUGUUGUUAUCCCUCGUGUGGCUUUUUUGCAUCCAAAAUUACCUUUUUUAUGGAGUCAUCCUCGCAUAUACAUAUACACAUAUACGUAUAUACAUAUACACAUAUAUGUGUAUAUAUAUAUAUAUAUAUAUAUAUAUGUAUGUUUUAUUCUUGAAAAUUUGUACAGCAUAUCAUGGUCAUUUAACUAUAUUUGAUUUGUGACAAGAUGUCUACUUUUAACAGAACUUUUAUUGUGAAGCAAGGGCUUCAAUGUCUGAAGCAAUGACUUCAAUGACUGGCAGUAUUUAAAUUUAAAUGAGAGUGCUUACAGAAAAUGACUACUGUGUGUUUAACUAUCUUAACAAAAAUAAUAUACGUAUUAUUUUUAUUUCCUUUCCAGAGUAACUUAGGUGUCUUGUAUAUGUUGAAGUAUGAGUGUUCAAAUGAUAGGAAAGGUGUAAAAAAAAUAUUUUUUUUAUAAUUCCCAAUUUCAUUAACUGAUUUUUAUUUUGUUCCUCUCUUUAACUGUAUAGCAUGGCUAUAAUCCUAUGCAAUAUGUAUUCUUAAAUAGAUAUAUGGAGGGCAGUUUGUUUUACUCAGUGAAGCUUUAAUAUUGUGGGAUCACUUGGAAGCUGGCAUAGCAAAAUUCACUGCUGUAGCUGCAUGACUCCUCUUUCAAUACAAUGUAUCCAUGUGUGGUGCAGUGGAAAUGGACCUGCAUUAAGGUGGGAACGAGGGACCAGAGUACAUAGCCACGAUCAAACAUAUAAGUGAGACCAAUAGUUUUUUUUUUCUUUUUUUAAAUAAAAAAUGUAAAAAUGAA